AUGGAUCCAUCUCGCGAAGAAGCCAUUCACCACGACCGCCAGGUGAAGAUCAUUUGCAUCGGUGCUGGUGCCUCGGGACUCUGUCUCGCAUACAAGCUGCAGCGAUCCUUUACCAACUAUUCCCUCACAAUCUACGAAAAGAACCCCGACGUGUCCGGCACAUGGUAUGAAAACCGCUACCCCGGCUGUGCCUGCGACGUGCCCUCGCACAACUACGUCUACUCGUUCGAGCCCAAGGCCGACUGGUCCUCCGUGUACGCCGGCUCGCGCGAGAUCCGCAGCUACUUCGACGGUUUUGCAAAGAAGUACAAUCUAGCCCCGUACAUUCGUCUCUCGCAUCUCGUCACACACACUCAGUGGGACGCCGAGAAGGGCCAAUGGAACGUGCAAACCAAGGACCUUGCGUCCGGCGAGACUGUCUCCGACUGGUGCCAUAUCCUCGUGCAUGCCACCGGGUACCUGAACAACCCGGCCUGGCCGGAUGUGCCGGGGUUGGACAUCUACAAGGGCACUAAGUUGCACAGCGCGGACUACGACGACAGUGUGUCUCUGGCGGACCGCGAUGUGCUUCUCAUCGGGGGUGGGUCGUCCGCGGUGCAGAUCCUUCCCGCAAUCCAGCCGAUCGCGAAGAGCGUGAAGAUCUUCAUCCGGUCGCCGGUGUGGGUCUUGCCGGAUAUUAGCGCCGAGGCGGGCGCGUUCUCGAAGGAACAGAUUGAACAGUUCGUGAAGGAUCCGGCGAGCGUGACGAAGUUGAGGCAGGAAAAUGAGCGCACGAUGAAUAGUAUCUUCACGGUCUAUCUCAAAAACACGAUCCUGCAACAACAAUGCAAGAGCCUUCUGGAAUCAGAAAUGAGGAAGCUCUUCAAAGACAAGGAGCUAGAAGAGAAACUCAUUCCCGACUUUGCCGUGGGUUGUAAACGAGUUGUCCCCUCUGGGUUCCGAUAUCUGAAGACCCUCCAAAAAGAAAACGUCACCAUCGUCCACGGCAGCGUCACCUCAUUCACCGAAUCCGGCUGCACCAGCACCAGCAACACCAACGACGAAGAGCAGCAGCAGCAGCAGCACACAGGCGACGUAAUCAUCUGCGCCACAGGCUUCAACACCUCCUACGUCCCACGCUAUCCCGUCCUGGGCCCCUCCUCUCGCAACCUGCAGACCGAACAAGAGACCUCCAUCUCCGGCUACAUGGGAGUCGGCAUCCCAGAGUACCCCAACACCUUCACGAUGCUAGGACCGUGGACGCCCGUAUCCAACGGUCCCACGCUGAUCGCCAUCGAAGCCCAAGCGGACUACAUCUGCUCCUUCGUGGACCGGUACCAAACGGAGCCGAUCCACAGCAUGGCGCCCAAGAAGCGCGCGGGCGAAGACUUCAAAUCCCACGUCGCCUCCUUCAUGGACAAAGCCGUAUGGACAGAUAGGUGCCGCAACUCGCACAAUGGCCACAAGAUUGGAGGACGAAUCCCGACGACGUGGCCGGGCAGUACGUUGCAUUAUCUAGAGGCGCUGAGGGAGCCGAGGGCUGAUGAUUGGGAGAUCGAGUACUCCGGGAACCGGUUCUCGUGGCUGGGCAUAGGAGUCUCGCAGACGGAGUGGGAUCCGACGGCGGAUUUGGGGUAUUAUAUUCGGGAGAAGGACGAUGGGGCUUGGGGAAGUCGGAGGAAACGUACCCUGCAGAUGGCGAAGACGGGGAGUUUGCCGCCGAGACAGUUGCAUCGGCAGGCGAAGUUGGCGGCCGCCGUGGGUCAGAGGAAGGGGUCUGCGGAGCCGACAGCAAAGGUCGAAUCCACGGUGGAGGUAGCGGAGGUUGAUGGAGAGGAGGGCAGUCCAAGAAAGAAGCCACGGAGUGUUGAGGCUGUGGUGCCUGUGUAG